CUGGCCGCGCCGGGGUGAUGACGGGGCCCUCCUAGCUGCCGCCCCUCCCCCACAUGGGCUUUAGCUUGUGAGUGCGUUAGUGCGUGCGUGGAUAAUAAAGUGCAUAAUGGAGAUAAUGGAGGCGACUGAGGAGGUGAAUUUGACCCCUCAGGAACUGCAAGUCUUGUCGGAACUGGAUAGUCGCAAGUUCGGUUUUGUGAAAUUGAACGAUCCCGCAAACGCCAAAAAGAGGGCGCUGGUGUUGAAGGCGGUGCGCUACCUCGAGAGCCUCAUCAUCCACGCUAACAACAGCAAGAACAACAACAAUAACAACAACAAAACCAACAACAACAACAACAAUAACACCAGCAACAACAACAACAGCAAAAACAUAAAUGGUGGCAGCGGUGGGAUCGAUGGUGGUAGUGGUGGUGGUGGUAAUAGUUGUAGUAGUAGUAAUAGUAGUGUUAAUAGUACGAGUUGUGAUGGUGGUAGUGGUGGUAAUGGAGGUGGUGAUGGCAGUGGUGAUAAGCACGCAUCACCAUCACCACCCAACACCACCACCACCACCUCCACGAACGCAUCCUCACCACCGCUGUCCACCACAAACACCACCACCACCACCACGUCACCAAACUUCACCUUACACAUCAAAAAAGACCCGGAUCAGCCACUCCACACCACAGACACCACCACCACCACCACCACAACCAUCACCACAGACACACUUAUAGAAGGGGUGACCCAAGUCUUUGGCGAGUGUGACCCAACCCAAACCAUAGUGGCCCCAGCGUCCACCACCACCACAACAACCAGUACCACCAUCACCCCCGCCUCCCCCACCACCACAACCACCACCACCUCGUCCUCCACCUCCACCACCACCUCCAACAAUGGUGAUGACCCUCCUGCCUUGGCCAUUGAGCCGAGGACCUAUUGCAAGCUGGGUCAUCUUCACCUAUUGCUUGAGGACUACCCGAAAGCCAUGUCCGCGUACCAGAAGUUCUACAACCUGCGCCCCAACGAUUACUGGAAGGACAGCGCCUUUCUAUACGGGCAGGGCCUCGUCUACUUCCACUUCAACGCCUUCCAGUGGGAGGAAAAAGGGGAGAAGAGAAGAGGAGGAGGAGGAGGAAGAAGGACACAGGAACAGGAUGAAGAGGAGGAUGUAGAGGAGGAAGAGGAAGACGAGGAGGAGGAAGAGUGGAGGAGGAGGAGGAGGGCCAUCAAGUCGUUCCAGCAGGUCCUUUACAUCGAGCCAGGGUUCAGCCGGGCCAAUGAAGUCCACCUGCGCCUGGGGUUGAUGUUCAAGGUCCAGAGUGACUAUGAGUCCUCGCUGAAACACUUCCAGUCCGCUCUCAUCGACGCUGGUCCCGCCUCCUUCUCCAAGCUCGAGAUCCAGUUCCACGUCGCACACCUGUAUGAGCUGCAAAACAAACAUCGGUGUGCGCGGGAGGCCUACGAGAACCUGCUCAAGGAGACCGAGCUGCCCAACCACCUCCGGGCCGACAUCCAACGCCAGCUGGGAUGGAUGUACCACACUGUUGACGCGCUCGGGGAGAAAUCACACCGAGAGUUGACGGCUGUACAGUUCCUCCAGAAGUCCAUCGAGGCCGACCCCAAGAGUGGCCAGAGUCUAUACUUGCUCGGACGCUGCUACUCGGCCCUCGGGAAGGUCCACGACGCCUUCAUUGCCUACCGGAACUCCGUCGACAAGUGUGAAGGGAACGCCGAUACCUGGUGCUCCAUAGGGGUCCUGUACCAGCAGCAGAACCAGCCCAUUGAUGCCCUGCAGGCGUACAUCUGUGCCGUGCAGUACGACAAGGGCCACACUGCCGCCUGGACCAACCUGGGCAUCCUGUACGAGACAUGCAACCAGCCGCGCGACGCCCUGGCCUGCUACAUGAACGCCACGCGGGGUAGCAACAAGCCCGUCAACCCCAACCUCGCGCCGCGCAUCAAGUUCCUGCAGCAGCAGCUGGCAAAUGCUCCCAUGCCGAGUGCAAUCAACAAGCCUCGGCAGCUGCUGAGCAUCGAGGAGGCCUGGAACCUGCCCGUCACCACCGACAUGUCCAACCGGCAGCAGACCGGCCAGAGCCAGUCGGCCAGCCAGCGCCCCCUGGCGGCCGGGGCCAGCGGCUACCAGAAGUACGCCUCGCCCUACGCGGGCGCUGGGGCCGCGGGGCCACCGCCGCCGCCCUACCCGGCCGCCGGCAACGAUGCCAAGCGGUUCAAGCCCGACCUGGCGGCCGACCAGCAGCGGCCGCACUUCUACCUUAACCAGCAACAGAUGCAGCUGCUUCACUACCUGCAGCAGAACCAAGCCAACCUGACGCCCCAGCAGCAGCAGCAGCUGACACAGCUGCAGCAGAAUUACCGCAUCAUGCAGCAGCACCAGAUGAAGAUACACCAGCAGCAGCAGCUACAGCAGCAACAGCAGCAGCAGCAGCAGCCACACCCCCAGCAGCCUGCGGGCGUUCCUGGCCCCCAGGUGUCCCCCAGCCUCAGCCAGGCCCCCGGCUACCCCCCCAGCGUGGCCCUGGUGCGCCCCAGCCCCCCCGGCCACCAUGGCUUUGCCCCGCAGGCCACCAAUGGCGUGAACCGCGGCUACAUCCCCCAGCGGCCGCAGACGCCCACCACCAACUUCAACCAGCCGCCGCAGGCAUACUCGCAGCCCUCCUCCACGGGGGGCUAUGUGCCCUCUGGCCAGGCCUACACCAACGGCGGCGUGCCCACCACCUCCGCCACCUACGGCUACAACAAUGGUUACGGUGGCGGCGGCGGCCUGGGCGAGGCGCUGCCCAAGGACCUGAGCGGCAUCACGCCGGAGACCACCGUCAGCGACCAGGAGCUGCAGGAGCUGAAGGAGCUGAUCAGCCAGCGGGAGUUCACCACGUCCCUGGCGGAGGACCUGCUCAACCGCCUGGCCCAGGGCGAGGACGUCAUCGACGAGCUGACCAAGGCCGGCGACGUGGGGCCGGAGGUGGCCCUGCCCAACACCACCUUCUCCACCACCACCACCACCUCCCCCUCCACCACCUCCGCCCCCGCCUCCUCCGUUUCCACCUCCAUCACGUUACACCCUGGUGGCGGCGGCGGCGGGCUGCCCUUCAUCAAGCAGGAGAUGCCGGACAUCAAGCCAGUGUCAGCGGAGGCCAAGCCGCCGCGGCUGAGUGGCGUGCGGCUGUGCGACAUCAAGGUGGAGCCGUCGGUGGAGCCGGUGUUCUCCAUCGCCAUGGUCAGCCAGGACAUCAUCAGCGGCUGCAAGAACCGCGGCAGCAGCGCGCGCAACAGCAGCAUGAUCUCCGACAAGCAGCUGCCCCCGGCGCCGCCCGACCCCCCCAAGGUGAUCCUGAACAAGGAGCAGCUGCUGCCCAACACGCCCUCGGUGCUGCUGGACAACAAGAAGCUGGCCUUCUCCCCGCAGCUGCAGGAGUUCUGCCUGCAGCACCCCAUCGCCGUGGUGCGCGGCCUGGCCUCCGCCCUCAAGCUGGACCUGGGCCUCUUCUCCACCAAGACGCUGGUGGAGGCCAACCCCGAGCACUCGGUGGAGGUUCGGACGCAGAUGAAGCAGGAGGCAGACGAGAACCUCGACCAGGCCACGGAGCAGAAGGUGUGGCCCUGCGCCAGCCACCGCUCCCACACCACCAUCGCCAAGUACGCGCAGUACCAGGCCUCCAGCUUCCAGGAGAGCCUCAAGGAGGAGCAGGACAGGAUCGCCUCCGGGGCGCCCAAGACCGACGACUCCAAGAAGAAGAAGCAGCAGAAGACCAUCAAGUUCGGCACCAACGUCGACCUCUCCGACGAGAAGAAGUGGCGGCCGCAGCUGCAGGAGCUGAUGAAGCUGCCGGCCUUCGCGCGGGUGGUGUCCGCCGGCAACAUGCUGUCCCACGUGGGGCACCCCAUCCUGGGCAUGAACACCGUCCAGCUGUACAUGAAGGUCCCAGGCUCCAGAACGCCAGGCCACCAGGAGAACAACAACUUCUGCUCCAUCAACAUCAACAUUGGCCCCGGGGACUGUGAGUGGUUUGGGGUGCCCGACGCCUACUGGGGGGUCAUCGCCAACCUGUGUGAGAAGAACCGAACCAACUACCUCCAUGGCUCCUGGUGGCCGGACCUUCAAGAACUGUAUGAAGAGAAUGUCCCUGUCUAUCGCUUCCAUCAAAAACCUGGUGACAUGGUGUGGGUCAACUCAGGCUGCGUUCACUGGGUCCAGGCUGUCGGGUGGUGCAACAACAUCGCUUGGAAUGUUGGCCCCCUCACCUCCCGCCAGUACUCCCUCGCCCUGGAGCGGUACGAGUGGAACAAACUGCACAGCUUCAAGUCCAUCGUUCCGCUCAUCCACCUCUCCUGGAACCUGGCGCGGAACAUCAAGGUGUCCGACCCCAAGCUGUUCGAGGCUAUCAAGGGCUGCUUGAUGCGGUCGUUCCGGCAGGUGUGUCUGUCGCUGGACUUCGUGAAGCUGUGCGGGCUGCAGGUUAAGUUCCACGGCAGGACGCGAACCGACGCAUCUCACUACUGCGGCAUUUGCGAGAUUGAGGUGUUCAAUGUGCUGUUUGUCAAGGAGCAGGAGAGGAGACACGUGGUUCACUGCGUCGACUGCGCCCGCCGCCAAGCCCCGCGCCUCGAGGGCUUCGUCGUGUUGGAGGAGUACCACCUCAACGACCUCUGCCAAGUGUAUGAUAACUUCGUCCUACAAUCGGUACAGGGACAGACGUUGCCAUGCCAAGCACCCACCCCACCCCCCUCCUCCUGCACCCCCAACCCCCUCACAUGACCUUCCCCAGGCCUAGUGGUGGCCCCCUUGUCCUCCUUGUGACAUGGGGAAGGGCAUAAGCCGCGCCACCAGUACCAGGCACCCCAGACAUGUACCGUUGCCCCAAUCACUGGACAAUGCUGUAGGGCCGUGUUCCCCGAGGGCCGCUCAGCACUAGUGAGUCGCAGUGCCGCCGAGAGAGACGAGGCAGUGCAUUGCUAGUAGUCUAAGGUUAAAGCUAAGGUUCCCCCGUCACUGCCAGCACUCACCUUCCAGAGGCCUUUCUUGCGUUGACUCCUCGUGGGUCGCGCCGCCGGCCGUUUUUUCACACCCGUUACGUUUGGGGAGGUGAUGGUCGUCGCAGUGAGAGAAAAGUACCGGAAAAGUACCGACACAACGCAAAGAGUACCGAUGCAAAAAAAAAGGGCAUUAUGAACUGGUGCCUGAGCCGCCGAGUGAAUGACGGACAGACGGAUGUGUGCGAGCGAGUGUGGUGAAUGUGACGUGAAGUGAUCGCGUGCACGGAAACUUGUCUCGAUCCGCCGGCCCCACCAGGCACAAUGAUCUCAACCCACGGAAGCCAAGGAGACACAGACGCUUCAUGCAGACCAGUGAGAAUGUGGAGCUGUCCGCCGCGACGAACUCCUAUGAUUCAGUUUUCAGGACCCACCAUGUUCUUUCUCGGUAGUGUAGCGGUUGCCAGGACAGCAGACCAGCCAGUGUGCCGUUAGCUGUAGUAGGGGUGGUAGAUAAUGCGUGUGGUUGGUGGUAUUACCCAGUCUUUAUUUAUUAACCUUGCCUGUGCAUACUGUGUUCUCUUCCAAGUUACCAGCUGAAGGGACUGGCCUAGAUAUAGUUUUACAGAUGUGCGUGUGUUAGUGUGUGUGUGUGCGUGUACUUGUAUGUGUGUGUUAAGAGUCUACAUGUGUAUACUUGUAUGUGUGUGCGUGUGGUUGUGUAAGUGUGUGUGUGUGUGUAUGCAUUUGCGUGUGCAUUAUAAAAACAUUUCAAGUCACUGCCACAGAAGUGAGUGUUUUUUAAUCUUGUGAUAAUCUCAACUGCCACAAAAUCCUUUCAAAAAAAUACUGGAUCCUCUCACUUGGAGCUUGGCGAGGCACUGACCUUCCCACAUGCAGCGUUCUCGAGUACCGUGUGAUCAGCAGUCUUUAUCAGUUAACUCAAAGGUCUCGGCAUUGUCCCCUUAGCCCGGUAGCUGCGGGGAUCGUGUUUCUUAAAGUCUCUAAGCGAAUUGAAAAAUAAAUAAAUCACUCACACAAAUCAUUAUGUAGGAGAUAACGCAUUUGUAAUCAGCUGAUGCGUCCUCUGUUUUUUUGGGGGGUAUGUCAAGGUAAAAAUUUGGCCGUCGCUCGUACGCGGUAAAGCCACAAGUUUGCCCCGUCGCUGCUACCGGGUUGACCGAGGACUCGCGUUGGCACCCACACACGCCCCAGCUAUAGUGUCCUGCCCUAAGCCGUCAUCCGUCCUCUGGCUUGCGACGAGAGGCAUGGACUGGCCAGGGAAGGGAAGGUUUGGUUCUGUCUGUGGCUUGGUUUUCCAUUUUACGAGCCCUGAUUUUGUUUCUUCUUUAUUUUGCUUUUCUUUCAAUUCUUGUCUUUUUGAUGUUUUUUAGUUGUCUUGGUUUUCGUUUUCUCUGCCUUGUUUUAUUUUACGAGCCCCAGUUUUUUUUUCUGCUUUAUUUUUUUCUUUCGAUUCUUGUCUUCUUUUUUUUUAGUUGUGUUGGUUUUCGUUUUUUCUGCCUUGGUUUUUCUUCCUGUGUUUGUUUUUCUUCUGUCGUUUUCUUAUUUUACUUUUUUUCUUCUGUUUUUCUUCUUUAUUUUAUUGUAUUUCCCUGUUUUUUCUGUUUUCUUUUGGUGUUUGUCUAAGUCUUCUAUUUUCUCUCAUUCAUUGUCUUCAUUUUUCUUCUUUUUCUUACUAUUUUGUCGUCCUUUCUUCGCCAAUUUACCUUCCCCUUCCUUUCCUUUCUCUCCCUCAUUUCUUCAUUUUCUUUUUAUUUAUUUUUUCCAAGACUUCCCUCCAUCAUAUCACACCACAUCUUUCCUCUCCCUCACCAAGAGUCAAGUGUUUCCAAGUGUUCCGUUUGUGUUGUGUUGCCUUGCUUGGUGACACGCAAUAUCUAGUUCACAUCCUCAAGUUAUUUUUCCAAGACUUCCCUCCAUCACAUCACACCACAUCUUUCCUCUCCCUCACUAAGAGUCAAGUGUUUCCAAGUGUUCCGUUUGUGUUGUGUUGCCUUGCUUGGUGACACGCAAUAUCUAGUUCACAUCCUCCAAUUAUUUUUCCAAGACUUCCCUCCAUCAUAUCACAUCACAUUUCUCCUCUCCCUCACCAAGAGUCAAGUGUUUCGAAGUGUUCCGUUUGUGUUGUGUUGCCUCUCUUGGUGACACGCAAUAUCUAGUUCACAUCCUCCAAGUUAUUUUUCCAAGACUUCCCUCCAUCAUAUCACAUCACAUCUCUCCUCUCCCUCACCAAGAGUCAAGUGUUUCCAAGUUUGUGUUGCGUUGUGUUGCGUCUCUCGGUGACACACGCAACAUCACAUUCACUCACAUCCACCAAGUUUUUUUUUUUUUUUUUUUUCCCCCCCCUCGACCUUUCUUUCCCUUCCGCCUCACAAACAGUUUUUCUUUUCCUCUCCCUCCUCUCUUUAGGUUGCCAAUAAUGAUUGUUACAAUUUUUCCUUGUUGAACAUUAUUAUUACGUGUUAUUGAUUUUUUUACUAGAAAUUAUUAUUUUUCUUGUUUUCGUGAGUUUAUGGACAAUUUUUUCGUGCGUGUUUGCGUGUUUUGUGUUGGUAAACCUUUUUUUGCCGUGGAAAAAUGAGGCGUUUCCCAGUAGAGGCUGAUGUCAGGUGGAACGGUGAGCAGCAGCAGCAGCAGCCCGCGGUAGAGCUUCAGGCUGCCUCAAAGGAGCUGAGUGGACGAUAGACGAAUGCUCAACAAUUUGUACCUGAAGUGGGCGUGCCUAAGGAAGUCAGUUCCACACAAUAGAUUCUUUCCGCCAAUGCUGUUGACCACAAGUCCAUAAUAACUAUGAUUUCCUCGCAUGGUGGAAGUCUGGCCCCGUUGUGAGCUCUGAGCUGAGAUCUCUUAACAAUAUAUCCAUACCAGAAGGCUGUGCACCAAGGGCAGGGUGCCUCGGCCGCGCCCGCCCUGCGACACAAAAUUCAACCCUUGCUGCGGCGAACCCCGUAAGGCGACCCGAGCAACGGCAGGUCAGGCGCAGCGGCAGGGCGGGUCGUCGGCCAAGGCCCCGCGCCCCUCUUCCUCUCCACUCCUCCUCCCGUUGACUCACCCGACCCUCCUUCCUGUCAAACGUUGUGUCUUGUAUAGUUUUCAUGUGACACAUUCUAGUUUGUCCUCAGUAUUACAUAUGGAACAUACUAUUCAUGCUUUUAUAUGAAAUUCAUCUGUCCUGUGUGUGUGAACUGUGUCGCGUCUCACCUCCGUGUGGCUCGGAGCUCCACUACUUCCCUCUCGCAGGUUUUGUAAAUCAAUCUCUUGAAUUCCUUACGGUUAAGUUUUAUUUAUGUUAUUUAAUAUGUAUGGAGUUUUCUAUUUGUAUGUAAUGUAUAGAAGAACACCCCAAGCCCACUUUCUCACGGCGCCGCGGCCCCCCCGCCCGGCGCCUCUCUGUACAAUUUUGGGAGUAGGGAUUUUUUUUCCAAAAGUGGACAUAGUUUAUGAGGUGUGGGUGGAGUGGAACUAUUUGUAGCAACUGUUGCGGGAAAAAAACGGUUCAAUUUUGUUAAAGGCUUUCCUGAAAUAUUUUGCCAGAAAGAAUUCUAUUAUUAGCUUUAUCAAUCACAUCAUCCACAUCACAAAGAUUUCAUACAUUUUUAGAAAUUUCAUCUCUGCGUUUAUGCGUGACAAAAAGAGACUUUGGUUGAGAGAGCUUCUCCGCUCACACCUGUUCAGGGAUCUGUGUUGACCUUGUGUCCAGCAAUGUACAUAGUAAGUCCGCUAAUAAAGCCUAACCCACUGG